AUGAACAAGCGAUGUAUUUACUGCGAGAAGCUAUCAAUCGAAGCACUGGUCGAGCUCGCCAAAAUCAGCUUUGAAGCCCAGAGAUUUUCACAAGAUGCCUAUUACCAGCACCACGACUCGUUCAGCGCUCUCGAGCAGUCAGCUUACAAUGGCUGCGAUCUCUGUCAAGUCAUACUCCAAUGCUUCCAGCAGACACCUUGUGAGGCAGAGCAACCUCUGGAGUGGCCACAAGAGUGGAAUGAGAUGACCAAUGCAUCCUUGGACGGAUUUCCCCACACGAUGUACUCUGUUGCGAAAGGACUCGACAUCUCGGACGUAAAGCUUUGCAUCAACACAUCGCAUCUGUACGAUUCCCAAGGGUUGAGGGAUGUACGGGUCUUUGAUGAAAUAGUUGUCCAAGUUGGAACCUUACACAUCGAGACAGAUGAGAACUAUGGCGUAUGGUCAUUUCCCUCGCUUGUAUUGAGACUGAGUACUCCUAAAGACCAGGCGGUGUAUGUGGAAACGUUCCGUAUUGGGAGGUUCGAAGUUGACCCGGAUCUCGGGUCCUUGACAAAUCACCAACUGGCCAAGGAAUGGCUUACAGAGUGCUGCCACCAUCAUGAAUCAUGUCUCUCGCAUCAGAUGCAUGAGCUUCCCAGCAGAGUCAUCGAUGUCGGUAGCUCACCCAACGAACGCUCUGUCCGUCUGUUUCUCUCCCAUGGUCUGGAAGCAGACUACGUUGCCCUGAGCCACUGUUGGGGUGGAGCCAUAUCGCCUCUUUUGACGACCGAAUCAACUGCCAUCUUCCAACAGAAUAUCGACAUUGAAGUAUUACCGGCUAACUUUCGUGACGCUAUUACAAUUACACGUCAUCUUGGUAUUCGCUAUCUAUGGAUAGAUUCUCUAUGCAUACAGCAGGACUCGAAGUCGGACUGGGAGAUCGAGUCCAAGAGAAUGGGGCUGGUAUAUCGAAACUCGACGGUGACGAUCUCAGCGAUGGUUUCCGGGCAUAGCAAGUCAGGAAUCCUGAAAACCAGCCAGUCGGCACAGAGCUUCGGUGCCUCCACCACUUUGGACGUCGUCGUAGGCAAUGACGACACAUUUAAGGUCACCGUGAGACGGAAGAAUCUGCAGGAAGAGAACCUCAUAUCUUUGGAUAGGCGCAGUGCGCUGGCAGAGCGUGGGUGGACCCUUCAGGAGUACAUUCUGUCUCCUAGGCAUCUCUUAUACGGGCAAGAGAUGAUUUACUGGAGAUGUCCUCAAGGCUUCAAGUCUUCCGACGGCUUACCGCCAGGCAACAACUCACCACACACAAUUUACGAGGAUGCUGCACAAGUCAUUUUCUCCGACAUUCUACGGCAUGUUGAAGCAGUACCGCCUGACAUCGAUGCCAUUUUUCGAGACUAUUCCGAGCUUGUCAACGCGUAUUCGCAACGAAAACUGACAUACGGCUCGGAUAAGCUACCCGCGUUUUCCGGUCUGGCCCAGCGACUUCAUCCGGCUAUAGGAGGUGAAUACUUGGCUGGGAUCUGGUCAGCCAAUUUCAGGCAAGGCUUGCUCUGGACAGCAGAGAUGAAAUUUUGUCAGCACGUCAACGAGCCUUAUCGAGCACCAUCAUGGUCAUGGGCUGUGACUGAUGACCUGGUCCUUUUUGAGGGUCCACAAUACAGCAUUAACCCCAGGGUCCCUGACAACCCAUACGGCGAGAUCCUUUCAGCAAAGCUGGUGGUGGAAGCCUUGACAAAACCAUUAGUGCGGAGCCGCCAAGUGGUCGAGACAAUUCUAGACCCGAACUCGAUUGGAACUGCCAAAUUUGACGAGCCCGCUGGUCCUGAAGACUCAGUUCCAAUGGGCUGGGCAAGCCUUUUCCGCAUGAAAACAGAGGGUGGAGACUAUAUCCUCAGCAUCAUCACUCGUCCAGGCGAUGAUGCUGAUUGGGAAGUCGACUUUCAUUACUUUCGGGAGGACGAAUAUCUUUUGAUGCUUGUUUAUACCGAAGACGAUGUAGCAGGUGAUGAUGAGACUGAGUGGUCGCAAUCGCCUGCGUUCUGCCUGAUACUGCGACAAACGAGCGACGAGUCUCAGGAAACAUACGAGAGAGUUGGGUUCGCAAAGUUGCAGGAGCUUAGGCUAAGAUGGCUCAAGACUUGGGAACGAUGCGUUCUGACGCUUGUGUAG